CAGGCUGUGAAGGGUUGAGCUCCAGCUCUGCACGCACCGCCGCCAUGUCGGCCCCGGAGAUGCUCGUUGUCUCCUUCAAGAAGGCGCACAAGAUUUAUCGUUUUCGGCACACUGACCGCCAUGCCAAGACCAAGGAGGAAGCUCACUUUCUGCUUGACAAAUUGCGCGAGGCCUUGGCCCAAGCCAAGAUCAAGGAUGCCAUUUGGCAAGAGUCUGAGAUUGAAGGCCCAGAGAUGGCCAGGGCUGAUAACGCGUUGGUCUCCGACUCAACCAGCGCUCAAACCACCUUUUCGACAGUGGACAACACCCAAAUGACGGUUUGGAUUCCAUCUUUCGCCGGUGAAACUACGGAGCGGCUCCUCUCCAUCAUUCAGGACUUAGGCAUUGGCGAAGCCAACUCUAAUACGAUGCUAGGCCUGAUGCCCAUGGUAUUGCGUCUCCCCGAACGCUCACCCGAUGAAGAAUCCAAGAAAAGUGAUUACAUCAAGGCUCGAGUCACCAUUGUGCAGAUUAUCAACGGUCUCAAGGGGAGCGCCGCACUGACACUCGACUACUACGGCCUCUGCUUUGCGGCGAGCAUUAUUGCUGCCUUGGGCCUGGGCCGUGAUGAUACCGUGGCUACCGUGGCCAGUAUGCUCAUUUCUCCUCUUAUGGGUCCCAUUCUCGCGUUCACCUUUGGCGUCACCAUCCGAGAACCUGAUCUCAUUCGGCAAGGACUGAUUUCCGAGGCCGUGGGCCUUGGCAUGUGCUUUUUUUCUGGUCUGGCCUUUGGCCUGGUUACAGGCUACUGGGGUCCCGGUUGGGACUUUCCCAGCGAGUUUAUGCGUAGCCGCGGAACCAGUGAAGGUUUGCUUGUGGGCUUGGGCAUUGCCAUUCCCUCGGGCAUUGGCGUUGCGCUUUCGGUUCUUGGAAACAACACGGGCAGUCUGGUUGGCGUGGCCAUCUCGGCCUCACUUUUGCCCCCCGCCGUGAACACCGGCUUGCUCUUUGGCUUUGGCAUCGUGGCUGCUAUCAUGGGCGAACCCGAGCGAAAAGUGUCAGAGUACUUUGAACUGGGCGGUGUCAGCUUUGCUUUGGUCUUGAUGAACAUCUUGGUUAUCUUUGUUAUGGGCAUUGCGUCUCUCUACGUCAAGAGCGCCAUUCCGAAAAUCACCGGCAAGAGUGAGCUGUGGCACCAUCAAAUUCCCGUCUACCGCGAGCAUCAAAUCAACCAGGGUAAAACCUCCAUCAAGAUGGCCAAGCAGGUCAAGAAACUUGUAAAUGGUCAACCGUUGGAGACGGUGGCUGAAGAGGAGGAUGUCAAUGAUUAUGAGGAUGAGCUCCAUGCCAUGCGCGCUGAGCAGCUCGAGGCCCAGCGUCAAGCAACCCUCAAUCCGCGCGUCAAAGACUUUGACUCUGAAAAGGCCUUUUUGCCACUCAAAGGCUCUGCGCCAUUCCAUCCUCAAGCUCUUCGCCAUCGCCACACCGGAGCCGGAGCUCUGGCCCAGCCAACCGUCCAUGGCGCCACAUAUACCACGAUUAAUCAGCGAACACAAAACCGAGGUCGCCUGGAUCCUGCCCUUUUUGACGAGCCAGGCCUUUCGGACCAGCCCAAUGCACAACCAUCCAGUCGAGUCGUCAAGGGUGCUCCUGAAGAUGCCGACCCUGAACAGGAGGGACGACCAUCAGCUCGAGUUGUGCCGUCUUGGAAACGCGACGAGAAUACCACGGGAGACGUACCGGUACAUGCACCCCACAAGCGAACGUCUACCGUUCUUCGUGAAUCGCUUUACCGGCCUCCACGUGCCAGCGGGGACGAUUUAGAUUCUGAGGCAACGGUCAAGGAGUCCGCUGAGCAGCCGAGCAGUCUAGCCCCGCUUGUGCAAGCGCUAUCCCGCCACGGACCGCAUAGCAAGGGCGCAGCAGGCACGCCGGACGCCGGUGUUGCUCCAACGAAUGGUGCGUCAGAUGGCGCUCAAGCUCAGCCCAUGAGUACCAUCCACACGCCAGUCGUUGUAUCGGAUAGCAUCUUGCCUGAUAGCCAGCGCGUGCUCCCACCCGAUGCCAUUUCCACGGCUUCCACUUCGGCAGACGAGGGCGCCGAAGUUCCCGCCGCACACCGUGCCCAACACUCAGAUGUUUAGCCAUGUGAGACCUAGACGUGCUGGCUCGGCGAGUCUCGAGCCAAGUGUUUCUUAUUUUGCCAUCUUUCUCUGUCGUUGAUGUCUGGUCACCAAAAUUUAAGCGGUUAGCUCAG